AUGGGUGCAUCAGGCUUAGGUUCAGCUUUAGCAAAAUGCAUUAAUCUCUCAAAUUUGACACUUGACCUUGGUAGAAAUAAUAUUGGUGAGGAAGGUGCAUCAGGCUUAGGUUCAGCUUUAGCAAAAUGCAUUAAUCUCUCAAAUUUGACACUUGACCUUUAGUCUAAUUAAAUUGGUGCAAUGGGUGCAUCAGGCUUAGGUUCAGCUUUAGCAAAAUGCAUUAAUCUCUCAAAUUUGACACUUAACCUUUAGUCUAAUUAAAUUGGUGCAAUGGGUGCAUUAGGCUUAGGUUCAGCUUUAGAAAAAUGCAUUAAUCUCUCAAAUUUGACACUUAACCUUUAGUAAAAACAGUUUAUUUGUUUUGGAUUGUGA